AUGCCGUCUCAUGAUACGAAAUCAGCACAUGAGGCCACGUACGCUGACCAGCAGCCCGUGGGUCUACACAUCAGGGACUCAUCAAGCCUGGCCAGUACCCCAAAUACUUCACCUUUUCCACCGACAGUCUCGAUAUCAGAGUCGUUGAAUCCCUUUACAGACCGUUCUAACCGCGCAAUGGAGGCGAGCAACAAUGCUGAAUGCUCAAUGACACUCAGACAGGGUGUUAAGCUUUACCCAAAAGCCAUCAUAUGGUCAGUGUUAUUGUCGAUGACGCUCAUCAUGGAAGGAUAUUCCACAAUUCUAGUACCCAACCUGUUCGCCAUGGGCCCUUUCAAGGAACGUUUUGGCACCUUGCAACCCAAUGGGGACUAUGAGAUCAGCGCUACUUGGCAAGGCGCAUUCGUCAACGGAGGCCUCGCAGGCCAGAUUUUAGGUCUCUUCGCUACAGGCACUCUAGCCGAGUGCAUUGGAUACCGACGCACUCUUAUGGUUGGACUGGUCUCGAUGACUGUCUUCAUACUAAUACCAUUCUACGCUACAACCAAGGUGGUGUUGCUGGCUGGUCAGUGUCUGUUGGGGGUGCCCUGGGGAAUGUUCCAAUGCAUCUGUACAGUUUACGCAGCCGACGUUUGUCCCGUAGCUCUCCGGGCAUAUUUGACAACAUAUGUCAAUGCAUGCUGGGUGCUCGGACAACUCAUCGCUUCCAUUGUUUUGCGCUGCAUGAUCGCUGACACCUCAUCAUGGGCAUACCGCAAACCAUUUGCACUCCAGUGGAUUUUCCCUGUACCGAUACUCGUCGCGGUUUACCUAGCCCCAGAGUCUCCAUGGUGGCUCAUCAGACAAAACAACUUCGCUGAUGCAAAGAAAUCCCUUCGCCGCCUACGAACCAAGCCCAAGUACGUCUCCGAUGCCGAAUUCGAUGCUGGGAUAAAUGCCACAUUGCACAACAUGGUAAAGACGAACGAAAAGGAACUGCAGAUGCAGAGCGGGACAAGCUACAAAGACUGCUUCAAAGGGAUCGAUAGGCGCCGAACAGAGAUUACGUGUAUGGUUUGGUUGGUUCAGACACUAUGCGGUGGCUCAUUUAUGGGCUUCUCAACAUAUUUUUAUGAACAAGCUGGUCUUGGGGCUUCAUCUGCCUUCACUCUAUCGCUAAGCCAGUUUGCGCUUGGCUUUCUCGGUGUCGGGGUAUCCUGGGGUCUGAUGGUUGCUUUCGGGCGUCGCAGCCUCUACAUUUCCGGCCAAAUACUGACGUUCAUCUUUGUCUCGUUUAUCGGCAUCUUCGCCUUCGCGGAUCUACCGCCCGACGAACUCAACUGGGCCAUCGCUGGGCUGUUGUUAGCUUUCACUCUCACAUACGAUGCAACGAUCGGGCCUAUUUGCUACGCUCUUGUAUCGGAGAUCCCCUCUACGCGAUUACGUAGCAAAACUAUUGUUCUCGCGCGCAAUUGCUACAACAUCUCCGGCAUCGUCGCCAACAUCAUUACACCGCGCAUGCUCAACCCCACAGCGUGGGGCUGGGGUGCACGAACCGGCUUCUUUUGGGCUGGCACAGGCAUCAUGGGUAUCUUGUGGACCUGGUUCCGGCUCCCAGAACCGAAGGGUAGAACAUUCGCGGAACUUGACGAGCUCUUCGAAACGAAAGUGGCUGCAAGGAAGUUCAGUAAGACGAAUCUAAGACCCCCUGAGCGCGCGGUGAAUACUGUCACGGUGACAUUUGGGAAGCGUACGGGAUAA